AUGUCAAACGAUUCACCAAAUUCAAACAAAUCAAAGGCAACUAAACAACCCGAUCUUCGACAAUUCUUGUUUAAAAGAACGAAACUCAAUGAAAAUGAGUCCAAUGAAAAUGAGUCCAAUAACUCACCUUCAUUUAGCUCCCCUCAAAGUCAAGAAAAUAGUAUGGAAAUGGGUGGUUCAAGUAAUAGUAAUGUACCAUUAGAGGAAGAUUUGGUGUAUGAUGUUGAACUUCUUCCUCAUGAUCCGGGAAAAAGAAUAAACAUUAUGGAUUACCCCGCAAAUGAACGAAAUGCUGUUAGGAGGGGUUAUAUUCUUAAAAAACCUUGCCAACCAAAAACUCAUGACUUCCCUACAAGACAAGUGUCUGGUUUGCGUCGCUUUAGUGUUCAUUGGUUCAACAAAUGGGAUUGGCUUGAAUAUAGUAUUGAAAAAGAUGCUGCAUUUUGUUUUGUAUGUUACUUGUUCAAGAAUGAAGUUGGUAUUAAACCGGGGGGUGAUGCAUUUGUUGAUGGAGGGUUUAGGGCAUGGAAUAAACCGGAAAGAUUUGAGAAGCAUGUUGGUGGAAUUAAAAGUGCUCAUAAUCUUGCUUAUGAGAAAUAUGUGAAUUUAAGAGAUGAAAAAAAGAAAUCAAUCUUGAAUGUGAUUGACAAUGCAAGUGAUGUGAUUAAAAGUGAAUAUUUUAUCCGCUUGAAAGCAUCUUUAUCUUGUUUAAGAUUUCUUUUGGGGCAAGGUUUGGCAUUUCGUGGACAUGAUGAAAGUGGGGAGUCAUAUAAUAGGGGUAAUUUCCUUGAGCUUUUGAAGUGGUUAGGAGAAAAGGUUGAGGAAGUAAGGAUACAUACUCUUGAAAAUGCACCUAAAAAUUGUCAAAUGACUUCCCCUCCUAUUCAAAAGGACAUUAUUAACUGUUGUGCCAAAGAAACAACUAGGUGCAUAAUAGAAGAAGUUGGUGAUGAUUACUUUGCUAUAUUGGCCGAUGAGUCAAGUGAUGUGUCCCAAAAAGAACAACUAGCUCUUGUUUUGCGUUUUGUUGAUAGAGAUAGUGGAAAGGUAAUGGAGCGAUUUUUAGGCAUUGUUCAUGUUGCUAAUACUACCGCUUUAACUCUUAAAGAUGCAAUCAUGUCUUUACUUGUUGAACAUUCAUUGAGCCCAUCUAUGAUAAGAGGGCAAGGGUAUGAUGGAGCUAGCAACAUGAAGGGUGAAAUAAAUGGCCUUAAGACUUUGAUUAUGAAUGAUACUCCAAGUGCCUACUAUAUACAUUGUUUUUCUCAUCAACUUCAACUAACAUUAGUUGUCGUUGCUAAAAAGAAUGAUAGUUGUGGUUGGCUUUUCGAGAUACUUGGAAAUUUGUUGAAUGUGGUUGGAGUUUCUUGCAAGAGAAGAGAAAUGAUUCGUCAAGAUCAAGCUCAAGAAGUUGCUCGAGCCUUGGAUGUUGGGGAUAUUGUGCUUGUACAAAUUGGGAAGCAUGGUGCAUCGGAAGAUAAGUUCAAAGCUCAAAUUGUUUUAGGACAAUUAGAGUCAUUUGACUUUAUUUUUGUUGCUCACUUGAUGUUGACUAUUUUUGGAUACACUAAUGAUUUGUGUGUUGCUUUGCAAAGAAAGGAGCAAGAUAUUGUAAAUGCCAUGGAACUUGUCACUUAUACAAAAACGGUGUUGCAAAAAAUGAGGGAGCGAGGAUGGGAUACUCUCUUAAACAAGGUAACUUCAUUUUGCACUAAACAUGGUGUUGUUAUUCCCACUAUGGAUUCUCUUUAUGUUCCUCAUGGAAGAUCAAGACGUUUUGUUGAAGAAGCAACAAAUGAACAUCAUUUUCGGGUUGGAAUUUUCUUAAGACUAAUUGAUUUGCAUCUUCAAGAACUUGAUGAACGAUUUAAUGAGAGGAAUAUGGAGUUACUAUUAUGUAUGGCUUGUUUAAGUCCUAAAGAUAACUUCUCAUCCUUUGAUAAAGAUAAGGUACUUAAACUUGCCUCUUUUUAUCCCGAAGAAUUUUCAAGCUUUGAUUUGAUGGCUCUUGAAUAUCAACUUGAUGUAUUCAUGGAGAAUAUGCUAAAUGAUGAAAGAUUUCAAGGUUUAAAUGACCUUAAUUCUCUUUCUAUGAUGCUUGUUAAAACCAAUAAGCAUAAGACUUUUCCUCUUAUUCAUUUGCUUAUCAAGUUGAUGUUGAUUCUUCCCGUUGCCACGGCAAGUGUUGAAAGAGUGUUUUCUGCAAUGACAUGUGUCAAAAACAAGUUGCGAAAUAGCAUGGGUGAUCAACUUAUGAAUGAUUGUUUGGUCACUUUUAUUGAGAAGGAUGUCUUCUUACAAGUUUCCGACGAAAAGAUUAUUGAUCGAUUUCAAAGUAUGAAGACUCGAAGAAUGAACUUGUAA